GUUCAGAGCCUCUGUGCAGCCCUCAGCUCUCCAAACAAUCCGCUAUGCGUUCUGCGAGGUGUCACCGUGUGGCGCGCACCGGGCUCUCCAUGGAGUAACCGAAGCUCUCCAAACGCACCGACUGCACCAACGAUGGAGAGCGCGAACAACACGACGACCUGGCCUCAGUUUGACAACUCUUCCAACAAACCCAACAAACCCGAGGACGAGGAGGUGAAGCUGAGCUAUCAGGUGGUCACAUCGUUCCUGCUCGGCGCGCUCAUCCUGUGCGCAAUAUUCGGGAACGCGUGCGUGGUCGCAGCCAUCGCGUUGGAGCGCUCUCUCCAGAAUGUGGCCAACUACCUGAUCGGCUCUCUGGCCGUCACCGACCUGAUGGUGUCGGUGCUGGUGCUGCCCAUGGCGGCGCUCUACCAGGUGCUGAACCGCUGGACUCUGGGGCAGGUGCCGUGCGACAUCUUCAUCUCUCUGGAUGUGUUGUGCUGCACGUCGUCCAUCCUGCACCUGUGCGCCAUCGCCCUGGACAGAUACUGGGCCAUCACCGAGCCCAUAGACUACAUGAAGAAGAGGACACCGAGGAGAGCGGCGGUCCUCAUCAGCGUCACCUGGCUGGUCGGGUUCUCCAUCUCGGUGCCGCCCAUGCUGAUCAUGCGCUCCCAGCCCAGCAGCAUGGCCGAGGACAGAGCCAACCCCAAGCAGUGUAAGAUCAGGCAAGACCCCUGGUACACGAUAUACUCCACAUUCGGGGCUUUUUACAUCCCCCUGACGCUCAUGCUGGUUCUGUACGGGAGGAUAUUCAAAGCUGCCCGGUUUCGCAUCAGGAGGACUGUGCGUAAAACGGAGAAAAAGAAAGUUUCCGACUCCUGCUUGGCGCUCUCUCCGGCGCUGUUCCACAAAAAGACUCACGGAGACGCGCAGGGGAAGAGCUGGAAGCGGAGCGUAGAGCCCCGGCCGCUGCCCAGCGUCAACGGGGCCGUGAAACACGCGGAGGACGGCGAGUCUCUGGAGAUCAUCGAGGUCCACAGCAACUCCAAGGGCAACCUUCCGCUGCCCAACACCCCCAGCUCCGUGCCGUUGUUCGAGAGCAGGCACGAGAAGGCGACAGAGGCGAAGAGGAAGAUCGCUCUGGCACGGGAGCGCAAGACGGUGAAGACUCUGGGCAUCAUCAUGGGCACCUUCAUCCUCUGCUGGCUGCCCUUCUUCAUCGUGGCCCUGGUGAUGCCUUUCUGCCAGGAGUCGUGCUUCAUGCCCCGCUGGCUGGAGGAUGUCAUCAACUGGCUGGGCUACUCCAACUCCCUGCUCAACCCCAUCAUCUACGCGUACUUCAACAAAGACUUCCAGAGCGCCUUCAAGAAAAUACUCAAAUGUCAUUUCUGCAGACCCUGAUGAUUUGAAUUUUUCUGUUUUUGUUUUGGUGUCAGAGACUCACGAGAGCUGAAGACACCCAGGUGGAACGAGCCCUGGAAACCAGCAGCCUGUUUUGGACUAAGAGUGAGAAUAAAACAGGGCUGGUUCUGAUUAUCGUGGAUCAUCACACAGUGUUAAAUAUCUCCAGAGGUGUCUGUAGUCUAUGCAUAGAUAAAGCUGUGAUCGUUGGAUUGAAGCUCCAUGUUCCUCAUCCUGUUCUGUCAUGUCCAAAUAAAAAAGUACUUUUGUAAUAA